AUAUGAAGUGAAGGCAGCUGCGACUGGGAGUAGAAACGAGAGCCAGCACGGCCAUCAUGGAAAGGCAGGCCUGCCUUCUGCCGUUUCGUGGGCUUCCUGACGAUCCUCUUCGGACGUCUUCGACAGUAUUCCCGAAGGCGAGGAGCCCGAUGGGUCGUCUUCGUUUAUUCUGAACUCGUGUCACGCGCCUCGUGUCGUGUAGUGCUGCAAGUGUCACGAGUACCUAAUAUGUUUGUUCACUUUAGUUGAAACGUGUUCGAUAAUAAACUUUCUGGAUUGUUUACCCGAUAUUAGGAAAUUUAAUUAACUGAAUAUAAAUUCAAGCUUUCUUUUAGACACAUUGACUUGACUCUUACGGUAGUUAACAUUGUACAGCUUAUAUUACGAGAUCAGCCAUAUUCUCUCAAGAUCUCUCCGGCAUCGCAAGUCGGAGUGACAUUCCGCGGGAUCGAUUGGCUUGACGUCAAGCGGAAAAUUACUCGGUUGCGUCGCUGCGCGUGAAGAGAGUAUUCCCUGUCUUUCUUUCUUCUUCCUCCACUUUGUUGCUACCUCAUUCUCGUACUCCCAUCGUGAAAAUGUGCUCGUGACGGAUUCCGCGGGGACAAUCCGCUCGUGAAACUUGUGUCAUCGCGGACGUCGUGUUUUUGUGGCCGGGUUGGCGCUACACAACGAACUACUGUUAGUAUAUCUAUAAGCACGCCAGCGUAAACUGGGAAUAUUGUGUUAUUAAUAAAUAAUAAUUAUUGAAGCGGGAUUUUUUUUCGUGAGCUGUGCGCGGUGUCGUGUGGCGGUGAUUGACUGAAGGGAAUCAUGAGAGAUACUAGCGACAUGAUGGAAGACACCGUGUCGGAGGAUACACUGAUGGACUGUGGAGGUGGUGUUGGAGACGACAGUGGUGGAGGUGGUCUCGAGGAUCUAGUCAACCUGGCAACGAACAUUGCCGAUUCGGCACCCACCAUACGAGAUGCUGCAGAGAGGCUGUUAACUCUCCUGGGAGUCGACGAGGACGAGGAAGGAUCAUCAUCCGAGGACGAAGGCGUCGAGGUCGACCUGGAGGACAGCGAGGACGAGGACGAGCCUGGGAACGCGAGACUACUUCACGAAUUGGCCGCCUCCCUCGCCCAGGAAUUGAAAUAUGCCAAACAGAGUGCGUCGUCUUCUAGGAUAAUUCAAGCGACGCGUCAGGAUCAUCAGCAUCAGGAUGUACGCGAGCCGGUCCAGCGUAUGGACGUCGCGCAGGACCACGUCGGGAUCGAUCAAAAUCAUGGGGAAAAUGGGACGAACUUUAGCAAUACGAAAGAAGCGAGCUACUCUGGAAACUGUUUUCCGCAAAGCUGCGAAUUCCCAUCCCGGCCGUCCAACUGUCGCGGGACAAAGCGCUUCGAACCGAGAGAAGACGGAUCCUUUGGAUUUCAGAUGACGUCCUUUGCCUCCACUUGUCUCGAUCCUCGUCUCAGGAUGGAUCAUACGGAUAUACUUAACGCUGCGAUGGAACCCGUACCCAGUUCCUGGGGUGCUGGAUGGGACGCCUGUGCCUCGGAGGCACUUAGAUAUCUCGUUGAGGACGAGGGACUUCCGCCUCAUCAUCCCACGGUGAUCGCCAUGAAGAAUCAUCUGGAUUUACAGAGAGAACGCGUAUUCGCACAGUAUAAGGCGUAAGGAGCGCGCAUGCGCUCUUACAUUGUCUCUCUCUCUCUCUCUCUCUCUCUCUCUCUUUCAUUACGGAAGGAUGCUUCUGUUGAUGUCAAUGUCAAUAUCUAUGCCACUGGAAAGCACGUAAAUACUGCUGGAUCGAUUAUUCAAUCAGUUACCUACAUGUCUGUCGCGUUGACAAUGUAGAGAAUUGAAAUUGGCAAUUUAUAGUCGAGACACAGACCGACGUGAGGUCGAUUCUCACGAGAUAUUGGGGAGCUACGAGCAACGAGAAAAAUAUUCAAUUGACAAUUGCGACGUAGACCUGUGACAUGGGUUUGAUCAAUUUUGUUGUAUUAGAAGAAGAAAAAAGCAAUUCGUAUCAAGCCGAUAACCACGAUAUCAUUUCGCGGCCUCGCAGUGUCUGUGCAUAGAGCAAAUUUGUAGAUUAUACCUUUUAACGUGUAAGACAGCCAAGUGUGUCAGUACGCGAACCGUAGGAGUGCGUUGGUAGAUCAGCCGGUGGGAGAGAAUUGAGAAAAUGAAUGAAGAAAAAAACAAAAUGUAAAAAUAGCAAAAGCACGUGCAAAUGAAAAUUAGCGCAAAUUUUCAAUGUCCUGCAGACUACUAGUAUCCAGCGAUACUUUCCUUAAGUAUAUGUCAAUCAUCGAUCGAUACGAUUCUGAUCGAAUAUCGUGGACGUUAUUGUACAGGCGAUUAGAGUGACGCGUGAACGAUCCUUUUGAAUUUUUUUAUUUUACUCCUCGUUCGAGCGCCAUUCUAUAAUUAUUUAAUUAAUAAUUAGUAGCGCCAAGAUGGAUAACGUUUCCUGUCGAGAUAGACUACUAGGCUAAGAUUGACGAUCGCGACGCGUGUAAGUCACAUGAUGAUUUACAAUAGUCCUUGUCAAUUGACAAGGGACUCGCGCCCUUUUGCGAACGCGAUCUAGACUGGCCGAUAGAUUAUACUAUAAAUAUUCCACAUCGCGUUCCUCCCGCUCGUCGCAGGAACACGACGUGGAAAUCCCAUCGACGAAGGUGUCCUUUAUCAUUAUCUGUAAAUAUGUAUGAUAUCGUUUUAACUUAUAAACCUAUUGUUACUUUUACAAUAAAUCAUUGUAGAUAACAUCGACCAGUAAUAAACGACCUAAAUUAAUGCACA